AUGAUAGCCAUGUUUUUCAAGCUUCUAAUACUCACACUUGCAAGCCUAGCAGCAGCUGAAGAUGUUAAUUUCACCAACAAUGGUUUCCGGUCUGCUAAUCUUAGCCUUGACGGCAGUGCCCAAUUCACAUCGAAUGGUCUUUUGAUGGUGACGAAUGACACUGAAGAGCAAAAGGGCCAUGCCUUCUACCCCAACCCAGUUACCUUCAAGAACUCAUAUUCCAAUUCCAAUGUUUUCUCCUUUUCUACCAUUUUUGUCUUUGCUGUCAGGUCAGUAUCUGCAACUCUGGGUGGCCAUGGAAUGGCCUUUGUCAUUGCUCCGAAAAGAGGGUUUCCUGGAGCUUAUGGCGGCCCUUUCCUAGGGCUUUUCAACAGGACCAACAAUGGCAAUCCCACCAAUCAUGUUUUUGCUGUAGAGCUUGACACUGUACGGUCCGCCUCGUUCAAUGACAUCGAUAACAACCAUGUUGGGAUUGAUAUUAAUGGUUUGAACUGGACGGGCUUUGCUAGUGCAGCAUACUAUGCUAAAAAGAAUGGCGGGUUACGGAACUAG